CCAUGCCAAGCCCAAAGACAAUGCCAAAACUGAAACUAGCCCAUCUUCCUCGCGAAUGGGGACACCAUUCAUCUCCUGAACAAGGAUGACCAGAAGAGUGCGGUGAAAAGAGGAGCCAAAAACCCUUGAAAGAUAUUUUCCCGCAAAACCAAACUCCCCACCGCAUUCACAGUAUCGGCACCUCUAAAACUCACCGUUUCAUGGCCAUUCACUGCCACAAAGUCUAAAUCUAAAUCACAGCAAGACCAAAAUUUUCAACUUCCAACAAUGGCUCUAGAGCAAACACUAGCAUUAUCAUCAACAGCUAACCUAUUUUUUUCCAUUCCAAAAAGCCCUCUCACAAACAUCAAAAUCCCUACUUUACCCCUAAGCCCCCUCUCCUCCUCCUCUAAGAAGUCCCUCCCCAAACGCAGCUUGAAAUGCUCCAUUGACUACAGAGACAACCACUACAGUCAAACGGUUACGCAUGCUAAACCGGCUGAGAUUCAAUGGAACAAGGAGCUCUGUAACUCGGUGCACCUCAUCGGCAUCGUUGGGAUCCCUGUAGAAAUCAAGCACCUCCCCUCCGGCAAGGUAGUCGCUUGGACUCGACUUGCUGUCAAGAAAUCUGCAACCGACACCUCCUGGAUCAAUUUGACUUUCUGGGAUGAGUUGGCCCAAGUUGUUUCUCAGCACGUAGAGAAAGGCCAGCAAAUAUACGUGUCUGGUCGUCUGAUUUCAGAUUCAGUUGAAAAUGAUGAUGGGAAGCUGCAGACCUACUACAAGGUGGUUGUCCAGCAGCUGAAUUUUAUAGAGAGGAGCUCUCCGACAGGAUUAUAUGACCGAGGCUUUAAUAACAUGGAAGCUGGUAGAAAGUUUGGUAAUAACACUGCAAAUGACAUGGGUUCCACAGAAGAACGGUGGCAAGCAUUUUUUGCUAGUCCGUUGGAGUGGUGGGAUAACAGGAAGGACAAGAGGAACCCAAAAUAUCCUGAUUUCAAGCACAAAGACACUGGAGAAGCUUUGUGGGUUGAAGGCAGGUACAAUCCAUCCUGGGUGAAGUCACAAUUAGCUAUAUUGGAUGAAAGAAUGGGGUCUCUUCGUGAUCAGGACUCUAAGUUGCGUUUAAGUUCAAUGUCUGGUGAUGAUUUCUUGUCCUUGUCAUAGCUUGUAGUGUUUUUACCCCCAUUACUGGUGUCACUUAUGGUGGAAUUCCUGCUUAUCAAGUUAUUUUCCCUCUUUAUCUGAGGUAAUUUUUGAAAGAUCCAGAAUAGGCUUUGUAUUUAUAUUAUGUGAUGUAGAAAUAUAUUGACUAUGAGUUGUAAGUUUAGUUGUGGCUUUUGAACCAUUUAGAACCGUAAUCAACAUGCUUGUCAUUAUAAAAA